GAUCUCCUAUAAGUAAAAAAUUCGCUAGACUUUAAUAUGUAAAAAAAUCCGUGUUGUUUAUUUAUUUAAAAAAAAAAAAAAUUUCUGAAGCUUUUAAAUCGUAUGAAAAUCGUGUUUCUACAAGUUUGUUAAACGUUGUUUUGAAUUUAAGACUUGUAAUGUACUUGCAUAAAUUUCGAUUGAAAGUGUUUUAUUUUAUGGAAAGACCUUCUUCAAGGUAUGCAGUGUUGUAUCACACACUUGUGCUAUUGUCAAUCAUGUGCAACGCUUUAAUUGGAAUUAUAUCAACAAUCGAUGUAUAUGAAAAAAGUACCACUGUUCAAAUGCUUUUUUGGAAAUAUGAAAUUUUUAUGCUAGCUAUCUUUGUGGCUGAGUUAGCUGUUCGUCUUAUUGUUUGCGGCGUUAUUUCAAACUACAGCGGUUUUAUUGGUAGACUUGUUUUCAUGAAAAAUAUUUAUAUGCUCGCAGACAUAUUUAUAAUUUUGUCGACAAUUACUUCCGUCGUAAUAAAAUCAAACGAUGCUUCGUUAGAUUUAUUAAGGUUCAGCAAAUUUUUUCAAUGUUUUCAAAUGUUUAGAAUUCUUAGGUUAGAUCGCCGAAGAGGAGAUAUACUAACAAUGUUAAACAUAUUGCGAGAACAUAAAAAAGAACUUUUAUCAAGUUACUUUGUGUGUCUGAACAUACUACUGUUUGGAUCUUACAUUAUUUACGCGGUAGAGAAAACACACAACCAAAGUUCAGAAAAUCAAAUAGACAACAUGGCCAAUGGAUUGUACUGGGGAGUAAUAACGUUUACGUCAGUCGGCUAUGGUGAUUAUUUACCCAAAACAUGGGCGGGAAAGAUUCUAACGGGAUUUUUAUCGGCUUUUGGUUGUGCGUUUUUUUCAUUACCGGCCGGAAUUAUUGGUUCUGGUCUAGCAAUACACGUAUCAAGGCAAAAAAGAGAGCAACGAAGUAUGGAAAUAAAACAUCCUGCUUGCAUUGUUAUCCAAACUGCCUGGAGAAUUUAUGCAAUUAACAACAACUUAAAAAGCAUAAAAAUUCAGGUUUUUUCACAUAUUUUGUGCGAAAAUAAGAUGGUAGAUGAUGCGUUUAAACAAAAAAUUCCUAAUUUUAUAAAUGAAAAGAAGCCACGAAGCUCUACUGAUCCCUUAAGGCACGAAAAAUAUUCAAAUGAAAGAAACUUGUUUAAAAAACAUAAAAACACAAAUAACUUGAUAAUUUUAGAAGAAUUUCUUGAAAACAGUUGUUUUUCUACAGUCGCAGAUAACUUUGUAAAAAAAAAUGAAAUAACAAGACAAUACAAAAUUGCAAUAAAAUUUAUAACCUUAACAAAGUUUUUUGUAGCCAUUAAAAAUUUCAAAAUUAGCAACUCUCCUUACGUAAAUGUUGAAGAUUUCCUGGAAAAAAGUAACCGUCAAUUGACAGAUUCAGCACGACUAUUAAAAGAGUUGAACCGUAAAUUCGACGAAAUCAACAAAUUACACAUAAAAGUUGAUGUGUUAAUCGAGGAAAUGAAAAGUUUUAAAAAAACUUUCAUUGAAAUCAAAAAAGAGUCAAAAUAAUAAGAAACAAAAUAAAAAAGGUUUAUACAAAAAUAAAAAGGUUUAUUGUAUGAUAUACUUUUCUCCUGUUAACUGUUACAGUCUUUGAAAAUGAAAAUAUAUCAAAGAAAAACUUGGUUAAAAUAAACUGAAAUUUAAAAAAAGUUUUGGGAAAAGUUUCAACAGCUCCUUCAUUAGAACAAGUUAAUUUUGGAAUUAUAUUAUGCGUAUAUAUUUAUUUAGUUAAA